AUGGCGGAAGCGCACUCGGCGGUUGCGUUCUCCUUCGCAAUUACUCACGACGGAUGGGAUGUGAACUUUGACCGGGAGGUGCUGUAUUUAGUUUGGGAGUCCGGUCUCAGAUCGUGGAAGAAGCGAUUGGCACGAUUUAGGAACAGCGUGAGCAAUGGCGUAUAUCCAGGUCACCUACAAUCCCUCUAUUUUCUGUGGGCUUUACUGGUGGCCGCGCAUUUUGGUGGCUUUAAUAUACCUUUUGGAUUAGUACAAAAAGCUUUGGCCAUUUUACCUGGAACCUCAACAAUGUGGCAAGUCAUUGCUUGCUUAUUGGCAGCUUUAACCAUGUGGUUGUCAGUUAUAUUCCUGAUGCGGUACCUGCUUAAAGUUUUACUUAUGUACAAGGGCUGGAUGUAUGAAUCUCGUGCACCCGGAGCAAGAAUAUCAUUAAAAACAAUGUUAUGGGUUAGUGUUGUGAAAGUGCUUUCUGGAUGGAACAAACCCAGGCUUUACAGUUUCCAAGGUUCUCUACCGAGACUCCCGUUACCGUCAGUUAAAGAUACUAUGAGUAGGUACCUGAUAAGUGUCCGUCCAUUAUUAGAUGAUGAAAACUAUAAGCGUGUGGAAAGGUUAGCAAAAGAAUUCGAAGAGACCAUAGCAGUGAAAUUACAACGAUUCCUCAUUCUGAAGUCAUGGUGGUCGAGUAACUAUGUAUCAGAUUGGUGGGAGGAGUAUGUAUAUCUUCGUGGACGAUCUCCCCUAAUGGUCAACUCCAACUUCUAUGGAACUGAUGCUAUACUCCUUAGACCCACCACUAGCCAAGCGGCAAGGGCUGGAGCUAUCAUUCAUUUCUGCCUUCAGUUCCGUCGACUCAUCGAAAGGCAGGAAUUGGAACCGAUAAUGCUUCAAAAUAUGGUGCCCUUAUGCUCGUGGCAAUACGAGCGUCUAUUUAAUACGGUACGAGUGCCAGGUGUUGAAACCGACAAGUUGGUCCACUACCAGGAUUCCACUCACGUCACCGUGUACCACAAGGGGCGCUAUUUCAAACUCAUGGUCUACUCCAGAGGGCGCCUUCUUAGGCCCGUUGAAAUACAAGCGCAAAUUCAACAAAUCCUGGACGACAAAUCUCAGCCAGUGAUAGGGGAGGAACGCCUGGCUGCACUAACGGCUGGUGAACGAUCUCACUGGGCACACAUACGACAGACCAUGUUCAAUCGUGGCCACAAUCGCACCUCGUUACACUGCAUCGAACGCGCUGCUUUCAAUGUCUGCUUAGACGACAAAGAUUAUGGCUAUGAUGAAAACGAUCCAAGCAGUUUGGACGAAUAUGGCCGCAUAUUGCUGCAUGGACAAGGGCACGACCGCUGGUUCGACAAGUCUUUCAACCUUUGCUUCAGUAAAAAUGGUUUUGUUGGAUUUAAUGCGGAACACACCUGGGCUGACGCUCCUGUUAUGGGCCAUCUCUGGGAAUAUGUAAUUUGGUCGGAAUUACAGCAUGGCUAUACACCAGAGGGCAAUACGCACGGCACUAUAGACACACCACCUCCACUUCCUAUCAGACUGCAAUGGGACCUGAACAAGGAAGAGCUUCUGAAAGCAAUAGAUGUAUCAUAUAAUGUAGCACAGACCUUAUUAAACGAUGUCGACUUACGGAUACUAAUGUACACACAGUAUGGAAAAGGUUUCAUGAAGAGUUGUCGCGUGUCACCGGACGCCUUUAUCCAACUUCUGUUACAACUGUCGUAUUACCGAGACGCGGGUCGCUUCUGUCUUACUUACGAAGCCUCCAUGACGCGUUUAUUCCGUGAAGGGCGCACUGAAACCGUACGCUCUUGUACUGUGGAGAGUACGGCUUGGGUUAAAGCCAUGGAGGACCCCAAUGCUAGUUUGCAAGAACGCAUGGAGCUGUUUAUAAAGGCCUGCAAGCGGCACCAGCUGGGCUAUCAGGAUGCGAUGGCUGGCCGAGGAAUCGACCGCCACUUAUUCUGUCUCUACGUCGUCUCCAAGUAUUUAGAAUUGGAAUCGCCUUUCCUUCAAGAAGUUUUCAAUGAACCUUGGCGGCUUUCUACCAGUCAGACGCCUCAUGGUCAAACCAGCAUGUUGGACAUGAAGAAAUAUCCCAAAUGUGUUAGCGCUGGCGGAGGUUUCGGUCCGGUGGCUGAUGACGGCUACGGCGUCUCCUAUAUCAUUGUUGGAGAAGAUACCAUAUUCUUCCAUGUAUCUAGCAAGAAGAGUUGCCGUAUAACGAGCUCCAGUAACUUCGUGAAACAAAUUGAAAGAUCUCUAAAAGAUAUUCGAGACCUUUUCACCGAAUAUAACAAACUCAAAAAUAAUGGCAAAAAUAAAAAAUAA